UAAUUGCGGAUAUCAGACAACCUGAGAGUUUUCCACAAAUUUCGGGUUCGGACUACUCUUAUAUUGAAAAGAACAUUGACGUCAUGAAUCUGAGAUCAUCUCUAAGAAGACUGAAACGUUUGCAUAAAUUUCAAAAUCCGCUGCAAAGCCGCCAUUUUUCUGAGUCCCAUGCCAUCGCACUGGACUAUGGAAUCUCCGACCUUCAAGAUGCACGCCACCCGUUUGAUAAAACUUCUGAGAGAGACCGAUACGAUAACAACCCCCUGCUUUUUGAGUACUCUAGGAGCUCUAUGAACGCAGAGGUUCUAAAUCUGUUUUCGGGUAUUCAUCGUUCCGGGUUCUUGAUCAACGAGUCUAGCCUUUCUUGCGUGUUGAAAUCUUGUGGAUGCUUGUUUAAUCAGGACUUUGGAAAGCAAGUGCACUGCCAUUGUGUGAAAGGUGGGUUUUUGGAGGAUAUCAGUGUUGGGACAUCACUUAUGGACAUGUACAUGAAGACAGGUAGUGUGAUUGAGGGGAAGAGAGUGUUGGAUGAGAUGGAGGGAACGAACGUGGUGACAUGGACGACGUUGAUUGCUGGUUAUUCAAGCAAUGGGUUGAGUGAUGGAGCAAUGCAAGCUUUUCAUAUGAUGCAAGUGGAAGGAAUUAAGCCUAAUCCUUUUACCUUUGCCACAGUCCUUGGAGCUUUAGCAGACGAUGAUGAUGCGUUGGUGAAGGGAUUUCAAGUGCAUGCAUUGGUUAUCAAGUGUGGUUUUGAUUCAACUUUGUUUGUGGGGAAUUCCCUAAUUAGUGUAUAUUCAAGGUCAGGGAUGGUUAAAGAGGCCAAAGCCAUGUUCGAUGACAUGGAGGUUAGAAGUGAAGUGUCUUGGAAUGCCAUGAUUACUGGUUUUGUGAGUAACAGACAUGAUUUCGAAGCUCUUGAGUUGUUCUGCACGAUGAGGCUUGCACGCGUGAACCUGACUCGAGCAACUUAUGCCACAGUUAUUAAACUAUGCACCAAUCUUAAAGAAUUGGAGUUUGCAAGACAGGUUCACACUUGGGUUAUCAAGAGUGAAUUUGGAUUAGAUCAUAAUCUCAGAACUGCACUUAUGGGGUGUUACACCAAGUGUGGUGAGAUGGAUGAGGCUUUCAAAUUGUUCUCUACUAUGCAUGGCUAUAGGAAUGUAGUCUCCUGGACAGCAAUGAUUGGAGGGUACCUGCAGAAUUGUAGACCCGAAAAAGCAGCAAAUCUUUUUCGCGAAAUGAGAAAGGAAGGUAUUAGCAGACCGAACCAUUUCACCUAUUCAACCAUUCUCGCCGCUCAUCCUAUAAUCUCUAUCUCCCAGUUACAUGCCGAGGUCAUCAAGACAAAUUACGAAAGCUCGCCCACAGUAGGAACUGCGCUUUUGGAUGGUUAUGUUAAGAUAGGAGGACAUAUUAACGACGCUGCAAAAGUUUUCGAAACAAUUUAUGAGAAGGAUAUAGUUGCUUGGUCUGCAAUGCUAGCCGGUUAUGCUCAGAACGGGGACAGUGAGGGGGCUGGAACAGUUUUCCGUGAAUUAGCAAAGGACGGGGUGAGGCCGAAUGAGUUCACCUUCUCUAGUGUCAUUAAUGCCUGUGCUACUUCAACUUCUGCUGUGGAACAAGGAAAGCAAUUCCAUGCAUCUUCAAUUAAAUUCGGAUACAAUAACGCUCUCUGUGUAAGUAGCGCCCUUGUAACCAUGUAUGCUAAACGAGGGAACAUAGAAAGUGCAUACGAGGUUUUCAAGAGACAGCAGGAACGAGACUUGGUUUCAUGGAACUCUAUGAUAUCAGGAUAUGCACAGCACGGUUAUGCACCGAAAGCAUUGCAGAUAUUCGAGGAGAUGCAGAACAGGAACAUGGAAAUGGAUGUCAUAACAUUUAUUGGUGUCAUUUCUGCUUGUACUCAUACAGGGCUCGUUAACGAAGGCCAAAAGUAUUUCGACACAAUGGUUAAGAAUCUGCACAUCCCUCCAUCAAUGGAAAUCUACUCAUGCAUGGUGGAUUUAUACAGCAGAGCUGGAAAGCUGGAAAAAGCCAUGGAUCUCAUCAACGCGAUGCCCUUCCCUGCUGGUGCAACUGUAUGGCGUACGCUGUUGGGGGCCUGCAGAGUUCAUCGAAACGUGGAGAUAGGGAAACUUGCAGCCGAAAAACUAAUAUCACUCCAACCUCACGACUCUGCAGCGUACGUCCUCCUCUCGAAUCUCUACGCUGCUGAUGGGAGCUGGCAAGAAAGAGAGAAGGUAAGAAAGCUGAUGGAAGAGAAAAAAGUUAAGAAAGAAACAGGAUACAGUUGGAUUGAGAUCAAGAACCAGACUCACACAUUCACAGCGGGCGAUAUCUCGCAUCCCUUAUCAAACAACAUCUAUAUGAAACUCGAAGAACUGAGCUUCAGAUUAAGGGAAUCUGGGUACCAACCAGAUACAACCUAUGUACUUCAUGAUGUAGAAGAUGAACAUAAAGAAGCCAUUCUUUCUCAGCACAGUGAAAGAUUGGCCAUUGCUUUCGGAUUGAUCGCCACAUCUCCAGGCGUUCCCAUCCAGAUUGUGAAGAAUCUCAGAGUUUGUGGUGACUGUCACACUGUGAUUAAGCUAAUAUCCAAGAUAGAAGGGAGGGAAAUUGUUGUCAGGGAUUCAAAUAGAUUCCACCAUUUUAAACAAGGCCUAUGUUCUUGUGGGGAUUACUGGUAGUUCUCACUCAU